AUGGAAGAAGAAGCUGAAGAGAAUGAUUAUGGCAACGAUGAAGAACUGAAUAGGGCAACACAAAAUACUAUUAGGUAUGAUAGACAUUACAUAUUUAUUAUGCCUUUCAAAAAAUUCUCAGGCCAGAAAAUACAACAUGGUUUUUACAUAAAGCAUUUUUAAUUAUCUAAGUGACAAAACAUUGUAUACAUUGACAACUUAUGUCAACCUGCGACAAGCAACAACAAAAAUGUGCUUGAGAUAACCUGCACCACUUACAAACACCCUAUUUCAUUGGUGUUGAAGCCAUGUGUGAUAACUACCAGGUGCCCCAAGAAAAACUGUACACUGUUUGAUUUAUUGUAACAUAAAAACUAUAAACGCUAUUGCACUUGAAAUUUCAUUGAAUUCGGAAAGGGCCGACUUAGAUUUUGAUACAUAACAUUUAAUUUUCUGUGCAAUAUUGACUGCGUUAUGGAUGUUUUAAAGUUGAACUGCCAUUUUUGAAAAUGCCAAUAAUUAGUAUAAAACGGCCUAUCAAAUACUCAUUUAGUACACCUGUGAAUUAUUUUAUUCUGGUUAAAAGAACGCAUGUAUGAACAAUAAAACUGUUUUAUAUAAGUCUAUUAAAAAGCAAAAGUUUUAUAAAUAAAACAAUUCUAUUGUACAUAUAUGUGCGUUCUUUUAAUCAGAAUAAAAAAAAUUCACAAGUGAACUAAAUGGGUAUUUGAUAGGCCAUUUUUUUACACACGUUACAUUUCUCAAACAAAAAUAAAAGUUAGAAAUAACCAGAUUUGACAAUUGGCUACUUACUAUAAUAUCAUCUUUUAUGUACCACUGACGGAAUUAAAUGAACAUUUUUCUUUUUGCAGUGUACCACCUAAUGUCAAAUGCCAAGACGAACCAAAGUUCAUAGUGUUCUAUAGUACACUAUUAUCGUUGUUUUCUUUGUUCUGCUUUCGAUGUAAGAAGGACAAACCAACAGUGAAAAUGCUAAGAAAUGGAACUAUGGUUACUGUAACACAAUAUUGUGAUGCUUGCCAAACAAAGUCGUUUACCUGGAGAAGUGAACCAUUUGUGUUUGGAAGGUAUCCAGCUGGAAAUAUAUUACUGAGUUUUGCAGUACUCAUGGCUGGUGCAUCAAUAAGCAAGGUUCUUCUUGUAUUCAAGCAUAUGGGAUUGGCUGCAUAUACUCCAAGAUCAUUUUUUUACCAUCAAAGCAGAUUUCUUAUUCCUACGAUCCUGAUGUAUUGGGAGUCAUAUUGA